AUGCAAUCAUUAAAUGAUGGAGAGUCUCACUCUACAACUUUAGAGCCAUCAAAGUAACUUAUUUUAAUAAGUAGGUCAUUCAAAUCUAGAGCCAUCUUUGAUACAAUGGAAGUUUCAACUAAAUAAUUCUAUAUGUUUGAUAAUGACACAGGGGAAAUAAUUGACCUAAGAACUUCUUAAAUCGUUGAAUAUGAUUAAAUUUAAUUCUAAAAAGAAAAUGCUUGGCAGGAUUUUUGGAAAGAAUCUCAAUAGAAAACUUUGGAGCUAAUUAAAGCUUGCAAAUUAGGUUAGUUUUCAAUUGUAGAAUCAAUAAUAUAAUCUUCAAACUUCAUUGAUAUAAAUGCUAAAGAUUCAAAUGAUUAGACAUGUUUACACUUUGCAUGUAGUUCUGGUAACUUUUAAAUAGCUUAUCAUCUAAUUUAAAAAGGAAGUUAUGUGAAUGAAUAAGAUUGUGAUGGAUAUACUCCUUUGAUGGUCAGUGUAAAAAACAAUCACUUAGAUUUAGUUGAUUUGCUCUUAUAUAACAAAGCAAAUGUUGACCGAUAAGAUUUUUAAAUGAACACACCUCUACAUAUAGCUUUGGAUAAUAAUUGUUUAGAAAUUAUUAAACUCUUGUUAAAAUAUAAAGCUGAUCCCUAUAUAUAAAAUGCAGACAAUAUAAAUGCACUUUAACUAAUAUCAAAUACAGAAUAACAAUAAAUAUUCAAAUAAUUUGGAUAUGAAAAAUAAUAUAUAACGGAGAAAAUGAUAUCAAGUAAUAAAGAAACUAAGGAAUCAAAUUCAUCUCAUCGUUCAAGUAUUAGUAGAAUAAUGAAGUUUUUGGGUUAAUCUGUUCCAACUAAUUCCUUAUAGAAGUAAACUUAUUAAGCAAGAUAAUCUGUUGUACCAAUAGGAGGUCAAAAUAUUGGACCAGAUUCAUUUACAUAUCAUAAAGAAUUAGGAAAAGGUUCUUUCGGUAUCGUUUAUUUAGUUAAAAAAAAAGAUGAAUUGAAUAGUUUAUAUGCAAUGAAAGUAUUAAGAAAAGAGAAAAUUAGUUAAAAAUUAUUACCUUAUAUUUAAACUGAAAAAUCAAUCUUAUCAGUAAUAGAUCAUCCUUUUAUUGUGAAAUUACAUUUUGCUUUCUAAACACAAUACAAAUUAUUUUUAGUUAUGGAUUUUUGUCCUGGAGGAGAUUUAACUAAACUUUUAGAUUUAAAAUCUAAAUUACCAGAACAUGUUGCUAAAAUGUAUACUGCUGAAAUCAUCUUAGCUAUUGAAGCUCUUCAUUAAAAUAAAAUUAUGUAUAGAGAUCUAAAACCUUAAAACAUUAUUAUAGAUAACAAAGGUCAUUGUAUGUUAACUGAUUUUGGUUUAGCUAAAACUGAUAUUGAAAAUGAAGAUACAAAAUCUUUUUGUGGAACUCCUGCUUAUAUGGCACCAGAAGUUGUUAAUAAAAAAUUAUAUAAUCGUUCUGUUGAUUGGUAUUAAUUAGGUACUAUAACACAUGAAAUGCUAUUUGGUAUGCCUCCCUAUUAUAGUCAUAAUAGAGAAGAAUUGUUUGAAAAUAUCAAAAAUAAAUAACUUAAAUUCCCUUAAAAUAAUUUAUCAAAGGAAGCCCUUUCAUUCAUUUAAUAAGUAAAAUCAUAUCUAUUUCAGUUAUUAGAGAGAAAUCCUUCUAAAAGAUUAGGUGCAAAAAAAGAUUCUGAAGAAGUUAAGGCUCAUCCCUGGUUCUAAGGAAUUAAUUGGGAUGAUGUAAUGAAUAAAAAAUUACCUGUUCCUACUCCUAGCAUUAUGAAUCAAGCCAAUCAGACUCUACAAGUUAAUUUUGAUGAGGAUUCACAAAUUCAAUAGAGAAAAACUAUAGAUAAUUGGACUUUUAUUUCUGAUUGA